CCAAUUCUCUAAAAACACACACACGCUUUCUCUAUUACCCUCUGUCUGUCUGUCUCUCUCUCUCUCUGCUCAAUUCGCAUCCUUUUCUUUUUACUCAAAUUACGAAUUCAAUAACAUAAAUCUCUCUAAUUUACCCGCCAAAAACGUUUCUUUUUAUAAUUUUAACGUCUCAAAAAUUUAAAAUUUUCGAUCUCUAGGGUUUCUCUCUUUCUCUUUCUUUCCUCUUACAGGUCUCUCCUUUAUUAAAACGGGGUCGUACAUGGGAUUUGCUCUUUAAAAACAUGGAUACUUGUAACAAUGACGUGGGUAAAGAAACUGGUAAUGUGAAUAGUCCUCAAAUAGAAAAGGAGGUUAAUUCAAUCAGCAAGAGGGGUUUAGAGAAUGGGGAAACUGGAGAAUUAGGGUUUAGAACGGUAAAAAAGGCGAGAAGUGCGACCGGAGAGAUGCAAAGAGUGGCGGAGAUUGUUCUUGUGCUGUCGGCGAUGGCUGGGAUGAGAGGAGGGAAGAAUCCGACAGAAACGGAGGUUAAAUUAAUGGAGGAAGCUAGGGCAAAGUUGGUAGAGAUUUGUCAGGAUUGGAAGCCCAAUGAUUUAGUUGCCAGAGAUGCUAUUGGGAGUGUUAUUGAAGAUUUAGGGCUGAAUUCGAAACUAAAAGAUCAAAGAUUGGGUCAGUUUCGAGGGCCCAAUACUAGACUCUCGAUUAAAGAAAAGAUCUCAUUUGCAAAAAAGAAGAUGGAAGAUUCCAAAAAAUUCCCUGCACCAUCUGCUACAUAUACAUCUCAAAUUUCUCAACCAAGUUUUGGUGCAAUGGGUGAAGUCUGUGGGCCGUCCCAUUCUAUUCGCGUGUUUUCAUCAGACAAACCCACUAAUCCACUCUUACCUUCUGGAAGCCAUCCCACUUCUUCAGCUCUUGGGCAUGUUUUGGCAGUAACUUCUACAUCUAUAACGCAUCACUCUGCCACCAGUGAAGUAAGAGCUUCUACAGUAUCCACAGGGAUACCCAACAGCCAUCCAGGAAGGGAUCUAUCUGUGUUAGCAGGUCCUAAAGUUGAAAAAACAAAUUUUAAACCGGAGGGAGGAUCAAAUGGGACUUCUUAUGCACCACAAGUACAAGCAAAUGUUUCUGCAAAUCAGCCAUUGAUGAAUGCUCCAACAUGGUCUUUGCAAUCUCAUUCUGUGCCCUCAAACAAGGCUACACCAGAAAAUAAGGCAUUAAAUCAUAAUUUUGCCAAGGCUGAGGGAGCUACUACUUUGGCUAUGUCACAAGCUGCACCUCAAGCUGGAAGAGAUCAAGCAUUUAGACCACUUAUCACUCAAAGUCCAUCUGCAAAUUUGCAAAGUAUAAAUCAGCCUAUGCAAGGAGUAAAGUAUGUUCAGCCACCAUCAUUUUUCAAUAACCACAAUGAAAUUGCUAAAAUUGUUCAGAAAUUGUUGCAACCAAAACUUCCUGAACAUCCUACAUGGACUCCACCUUCAAGGGAUUAUAUGAAUAAGCCUUUGACUUGCCAAAUGUGCAAAGUUGCUGCCAAUGAGGUGGAAACUGUAGUGCUUUGUGAUGCUUGUGAGAAAGGAUUUCACUUAAAAUGUCUGGAGGCAGUGAAUCAGAAAGGAAUACCAAGAGGUGGCGAGUGGCACUGUUUGAGGUGCACAGCUUUAAGCAAUGGGAAGCCUUUACCCCCUAAGUAUGGUCGUGUCAUGAGGAGCAUAACACCACCCAAAGGGCCUUCUAAUUCAGGUGGUGCUCAGCCAUCAUUAGAGAAGAAAUUUGAAACUUUAGAUGAAAAGGUUAAUCAAGAGAAGUUAACAGCAAAUGGCAGCUCUGGUUUACGAAAUCCUGCAGUAUCUGGUACCGUAACUUGUGCUGAAUCAACAUCUGAUUUGAAAAGGGAGAUUAAUGGGAAUAGUACCCCGUCAAGUGUGAAAGAUAUGGAUCAAGGGAUGUGUGCUGGCCCAAAUAACUCAACGAACUCUUUGGGUGCUGUCUCUGAUUAUCCUUCUGUUGGUUUAUCAAGUGGAAGCUCUAUUCAGCUAACACAAGUAUCUGGAUCAUGCAUACAGGAUGAGCGAUCAGUUUCUGAAUCAAAAUUGCAGUCUCCUGCUAUAUUAUGCGAGACUAUUACUAACAAAUUUGAAAACUCUGAAUCCUCUCACAAUUUACAAGAUAUUAACCAAAGAGAAUUAUCUAGCACUGGUGAAAUUCCAAUGAAGACUAGUCAGAACAAUUGUAUGGUUGACGAGUUGGAGAGUAUAAGAGGCCAUAGUGACUGUCCCUCCACAUUAGAUAUGAAGCAAAAUGAGCAAGACAUAGCCCAUGCAAAGUCCGUCGGCAGUUCUGAAGCUAAUAAUAAGGCAAGAAUGCAUGCUGGCAUGAAUUCUGCUGGUAUCCACAGUGUAAAAUGGAUCGGCAAUGUACUUAAAGUCGCAGAUGGAAAAACAUUUUAUGUGUCCUGUUCUGUUGGUGGGGCGACAUACAAAGUGCAGGAUCAUGCCCUUUUUCGUUCUAGUCAUGAGAAACUGAUACCCUCUAAACUUCAGGCAAUGUGGGAGGAUGUUGAAACUGGAUCAAAGUGGGUUCUUGUAAGACAAUGCUACUUUCCAGGUGAUUUGCCCAAGGCUGUGGGCCACCCAUGUGCCCCUGAAAGCAAUGAGGUAUACGAAUCUAAUCACGAGAGCAGCAUAUUGGCUGAUUUGAUUCAAGGUCCAUGUCAAGUACUCCCUCCUACUAAGUUUCAAGAAAAUGCUGAAAGACGAAGUCAGUUAGGAAUUGAGGGUAAAAAUGAAUCAUGGCCAGUUUUUUUAUGCAAAUGGUUCUAUGAUGAAUCCAAAGGAAAUUUUCGACCUGUUUUCAGUUAGUCAUUCAUGCACAUAUUCUGGGGGAUAGUGAAGUCUGUAUUUUUGGCAUCUUCACAGUGCUCCUUUUGAUCAGGAAAUCAAUAUCAAAUGGGGCCUGCAGAAACAUGAUGAGUGAGUUUUGAUACUCAUGUCUUGUACAAUACCUAUCGCUAGUUCAGCUCUGUAUUAUUUAUUCUAUACCAGUUUGUCAAAGAUUUUUAGUGUACUGUAAAUCAUUGCUUAGUAAAUUGUAAAAUUAGUUUUCUGAA